AUGGUGCUGGAUCUAGAGAGGUUCCGCCUGAGGGGCGCGCCCCCAUAUGACCUGUCUGAUGUGUAUUUGGUGCCUGAUUACGUGAGCCCCCUGGAGGAGCAGUCCCUGGCCCGCCAGAUCUCCGCGUCGCAGCAGGCCUGGGUGCAGAACCACGGCGGCGUCGUGCACUCCAAGGGCUUCCUUUUGCCGGCCCCGAUGCCCUCCUGGCUGUCGCCGCUGGCCGGGCGCGUCACCGGCGACGUGGCGCCGCUGGGGGCGGCCGGGGGCGCGAACCACGUCCUCAUCAAUUCGUACCGCCCGGGGGAGGGCAUAUUGCCGCACAGCGACGGGCCCCUGUACGCCCCUGUGGUGUGCAUCCUAUCGCUGGGGUCGCCCUGCGUCAUCCGUUUCUGGGAGAAGAGAGAGGAGGGCGGCGCCGGGGGCCUGCCGCCGCGCUCGUCUGUGGCCCUGCCGCCGCGCAGCCUGCUGGUAUUCGCGGGGGAUGCGUAUGAGAAGUGUCUGCACGGCAUUGAGGAGGUCACUGAAGAGCGGCUGGACCACAGUGUAAUCAACAGGAGAAGCUGCCUAGCAGCUGCCUGCCUGCGGGCUGUUGACCCCACGGCGGCCGCGCUAAGCGGCAGCAGUGGCAUCAGUGGCGACCGGGGCAGCAGUGCAGCCGCGUUGGGGCAGCCUGCGGGCCCCUGCGGCUGCGGCGGCGGCGCGGGCUGCAGCGAUCAGGUGCGCGCGGCUGUGGCGGUGGCGGCUGAUGCAGUAGCGGCAACGCCAGCGGCGUCGGCGGAGGCGGCGGGGCUGGCAGAGGGCCUCCAGGCAGGGGCGACCGGGGGCAACGGGCAGCAAACCUCGGAGUACGUGCUGCCUCGGACUGGGGAGAGGUUUUCCUUGACUAUUCGGCGGGUGCUGAAAGUGCACCGGGGACUGCGGCUACCAGGUGCCAAGUAA